GCGGAGUGGGAGAAUUCAAGGCUCUGCUAGUUGCGGAUAAAAGGUUGACAGGUCGGGGUUUCUAACUAAUGCGAGUGUGGCGCGCUAACCAGCCGCGCCACGCCCGGUCUCUGUUUAGAUGAGAUUCGGGCAAAACACUCAAAGAUAACUGUUCUGACUAAUAUUUGUAUUACCAAAUGUGUAUACUCUGCAGAUAAUAUCUCACACCAAACUUAUAAAUACUGACGAGAAAAAUACUCAGCCGGGAUCUCGUCCAACAGAACGUCAGCUGCCAGCGAACCGAGCCACACAUCCAAGUAUUGAAACCUUAAACGGACAAAAAAAUCCAACCAUCUCGAACGAGAUCUCUGAUAUAUCGAGACCAAAGACCAUCGCUCAAAGAUGGCAGCCCAGAAGAAAGACGCAGUGAAGAGCGGGAAAGGCAGCAAGCUGCAGGCGAGACUGAACAGCGACAAGGCGAUUCAGGAGACAAAUGGGUCGUCGAUCGUGUCGAAAAGAUCAGUCGAGAGACUAUACUAUCCCCAGCCGACGCACUCUUCAGACAGGAGUAAUUCGCACCCUCUGGAAGAUGCCCACUUCUUUCGAUAUUUUGUGAGAAAGCCGCAGCGGAGGGCGCCGCUGAUAAACCGGGGAUACUGGAUCCGAAUGGAGGCUAUACACACUAUAGUGAAACAGUUCCUAGCUGAGUCUCAGUCUCUGAAGAAAGUCGUCAUAAAUCUUGGAUGCGGAUACGACCCUCUACCAUUCCAGUACCUUGCAAAAUCAACAACGAAUCAGGAAAACACCCUCUUCAUCGAUGUCGACUACCCAGAUCUCAUGUCGAUUAAGGCCUCUGUAAUCAGAGAAUCAGAGGACCUGCUAAAAGUUAUCGGACCUUUACGAACAGACCUCCCCACAACGUCCGUCAAACUUGCGAGCCAGACAUAUGUCGCCCUCGCUUGCGAUUUAUCUCAAUUGUCUGGCUUGACAGAGACACUUCAGCUACUAGGAAUCUUGGGGGAAGACUGUGACCUCUUGUAUAUAGCAGAAGUCUCUCUGACAUACAUGGAUACAGAAGCCGCAGAUAAAGUUAUAGAAUGGGCAUCCUCAGCAUCGAAAGGCCGUUCUCGAUUCGCACUUCUCGAACAACUCAUCCCAGACGGCGUCUCUCAUCCUUUUGCUCAGACCAUGAUCCGACACUUCAACCGGCUUGCGACACCGCUGAAAUCCAUAUCCCAGUAUCCGACCACCGGAGCGCAGGCCAAGCGGUUCACGGACAGAGGAUGGCAAUCAGUUCGAUCUCGGGAUCUUUACCAGUUUUGGCAACACGAGAUCGCUGUCGAGGACAAACUCAGAAUCGAAGCUAUCGAGGCGUUUGAUGAGUGGGAGGAGUUUUUCUUAUUCUGUCAGCACUAUGUCUUUCUCGUGGCCGACACUGCUGAGGCGACAGAGCAAGUGCCGGCUGAGAGUUCAUCGGCGACGGCUUACGACACGACUACAUUCACGCUUGAGAAUACAUCCGGGCAUACCUUUAAGCGGCGAUGGGCGGCAACUGCACCCACUAGUGAGGGAUACGUAUGCUUUGGUGGACUGGGAUCGUCAUCCCGACUUUCUACUUCUGCUCUGAUAACAAAUGACGCGACUGCAGCAUUCGAGGUAGACAAUUCCUCGGGUCCAUCGCCUAGAAUGUGUCAUGCUUCGGUCUCUCUGGGUGACGAUAGAAUUUUAGUAACCGGUGGCCGUUCGUCUCCUGUGUCUCCUUUCUCAGACAGCUGGAUACUGGAUUCAAAGUCUCACAAAUGGAGCAAGGUCGCUUCUCUCCCUGAACCUCGCUACAGACAUUCUAUGGCUCGCAUUGACUCGGGCACUGUAGUCGUAUUCGGUGGCUAUCGCGAUGAGGCCUCAAGCGCUGAGUGGAUGCUAUACGAUAGCAUCUCGGACCAUUGGAGCAUCCUCGAAUGUGAGAGCCCGCUGGGACUACGACUCUCUCCUAAUUUCUGCUGGCUUGGCGAGUAUGGAAUAGUAGCCGGAGGCUUUAACCGCUUUGGAGACGUGUACCAGGAUGCCUACAGAUGGGAAGUCCGGGGAAACAAAGUUGUUCUGAAGGAGCUAUCCCCAAACAUCUUUGCUCGCGCUGGAUCUGUUUUGAUCAAAUGGAGUGACAGCUCGGUUUUGCUUGCGGGCGGUAUUGUGAAGACUGGACUCCUGAAAAUGGACGAGUCUUUCCAAAUCAUUGAUUUGACCAGUAUGGCUGUCACCAACGUCAAUGUUCCAAACAGAGCAGACAAUUUCCCGAUGCUUGUGGGGUUCAAUCUCGAGGUCAUUCCCGGCGGUGAAUUCAUGAUAGUCGGUGGUGGAGCGGUGUGCUUCUCCUUUGGUGCUUGCUGGAAUAAGCUGGUGGUUCUCAACAGCGGUGAGCAGAGCUAUAGCGCGGAAUGGACUGCGAUUGAAGAGACUGCUCCGGCUAGCAGUACAGUGGAACCAGCCGCCAGCCUUCCAGAAGCAGAUUCAGGAGACUGCAGUACAGCUCCUCGUCCCGUCGCAGUCCAGAAUCCAGUCUCGGUGCAUGACUGGCAAGAGAUAUAUUCAAAACAGACACCAGUCCUCGUGAAGAAGGCAGACAUAGGGCCAUGCACCGCGCUCUGGACGUCCGAGUACUUACGAACCAAAGUCGGCUCUGGCCGUGAGAUUACGGCGCAUGUGAGUUCCGCGAGAUCGAUGAAUUUUCAGAAAAAGAACUUUCGCUACGAAAACAUGUCGUUCACGAAAUUCAUUGACCACGUGUACGCAGCUACCACCGCCGAUUCUGUCAAAGAGCUGUUUUACUUGCGGUCGCUGUCAUCGUCGAAACCAACCGCGAAGCCGGCGAAUUUCAAAGAGGAUUUUCCGGAGCUGGCGCCGGAUUUUAGAUUACCUGCAAGUCUGGCAGAGUACAUUGGCGACAAGGAGUUCUCCACCCCGCUGAGGAUAUCUAGUGCCGGCGUGGGAAUGUGGCUCCAUUAUGAUGUAACUGCGAAUGUCCUGGUCCAAGUCAAAGGCACCAAGCGCGUGCGAAUGUAUCCCCCAUCAGACGUCACCAAGCUCUCCUUCCCAGCCGGCGCCUCCUCCUCCACGAUCCCAAACAUUUUCGAGACCGCGCCCAUCCCCGGCACGCAUCCGAUAGAAACCACGAUGGAGCCCGGGGACAUCAUAUUCAUCCCGGCUAUGUGGCUUCAUGCGACGGUCCCGCUGGAACCGAGUAUCUCGAUAAACACGUUCUGGAAGGAUUUAGAUCCAAAGGUGUACUCCCCCGGACGCGACGUCUAUGGGAACCGGGACUUGAAAGCGUAUGAGGAGAGCAGGGCGCUGAUCAGUAAGAUCAAGCAGUCGUUUAAGGAAGUACCUGAGCAUGUUCGCGAGUUUUAUCUCUCGAGACUGGCUGACGAGUUUUGCAACCGUGCUUGACGGAAGUUGUACAAUAGAUAAAACGCCCUCAUCUACGAGAUAUUCUACAAACUACGAUG